GUGGACAGCCACAACCACCUGACCAGCUCCCCCGUCAAGUUCACGUUGGCCCUGCUCUCCAUCAUGCCUCUCUCCUACUACAUCGGGAUGGCCAUCGCCAGCAUCUCGGCCCAGAGCAACUUCGCGGUGGGAGCGGUGGUGAACGCCACGUUCGGCUCCAUCACGGAGCUCACCUUCUACAUCACGGCCCUCAUCAAGGGCUCCCGCGAGGGCAACCGCUGCUACGCCGAGAUUGUCAAGUCGGCGUUGACGGGGACGCUGGUGGGCUGCGUCCUCUUCGUCCCGGGUCUGUGCAUGGUGAUCGGGGGCAUCCGGCACCAGGAGCAACGGUUCAACAGCCGGUCGGCAGGCGUCAGCUCGGCCCUGCUCUUCCUCUCCGUGGGAGGUGUCUUUGCCCCAACGCUCUUCUCCAAGGUGUAUGGGAAGCUGGUGUGCGGCGAGUGCCACAACGUCACCCAGAACCCGCUGGGCCACUACCUCUGCCACAACUGUCACUUUGACCUGAUGGGGAACAAUGGCACCCUCUACUACAGUCAUGUCCAACCCCUGGUGUACACAGUGUCCCUCCUGCUCCCUGCCGCCUACCUCAUCGGCCUCUUCUUCACCCUGAAAACUCACUCCCACAUCUACGACAUCCACAUCAGCGACUGUCACAUGCCUGGCCACCACCACAGCGCCGUGGUCCACUGGUCUCGCUGGCGGGCCCUGGUCAUCCUCUUGCUCUCCACCCUCUGCAUGUCAGCCUGUGCUGACCUGGCCACGGAGCACAUCAGCCCCAUCCUCACCAACUCCACCAUCUCGCAGUACUUCAUCGGCGUCACCGUGCUGGCGAUGGUCCCUGAGCUGCCGGAGAUUGUCAACGGCAUCCAGUUCGCCCUGCAGAACAACCUGAGCUUGAGCAUCGAGAUUGGGAACUGCAUUGCCGUCCAGGUCUGCAUGCUCCAGAUCCCCAUCCUGGUGCUCUUCACCAUCUUCUACCCAACCAACUUCACGCUUGUCUUCAGUGACCUCCACGUCUACGCCAGCAUGUUCAGCGUGGUGCUCAUGAACUACAUCUUCAUGGACGGCAAAUGCGACUACUUCCAAGGCACGGUGUUGGUGAUGGUCUACUUCAUCCUCCUGGCUGUGUAUUUCUUCGCCCCAUCGCCCAGUGGUUGCUGA